UUACUUUUCGACCCUACCAUGCGCUGGUCUCGAUUCCGCAGUGAUGCAUUAUGUAUUGUCGGCUCAAAAAGUCCUGCGGCUAGCAGAAUGGUAGCCAAGGCGCUCAUCAUGCUUAGUCGGCUUUUAACAUCUCAAAUAAGCCGGCGUGUGUUGCAAGCACAAACAUUUAGGUUUAUUAGGACAACAGCAUUAGCAGCUGCAAGUGAACACGAAGGACCACCACCUGUUUAUGAACCAAAGCCUAGAGAGCUUAGAGAAAAAAGAUUCCUACGCCGCCAUGAGGAACAUUAUCCUGGUGAACCACACAAGCCUGGUAAAAACGACUAUCUUUCAUAUCUGGGUGCCGGUCUGGGUGUUGUGCUUACAGCGCUCGCUGUGAUAUACUAUGGCGAUAUUUUUGGUACUGGGAAGAAGUCCACCACUACAAAGCAUGUCAGCAAACCUGCUGCUGCAAAAACGCAGGUACAGGCGUUAAUUUCUAUUUAG